CGGCCAACGACACGACAUCAUCAUCAUUCGGACACGACGACACACAACCCUUCCUACAUCUCACACCUAAUCUCCCCUCCCUCUCCACGUCCACCUCCCCCGUCACGUCCGCCUAAAACGGCCAUCAACAGCGCUCGCAACGCAGCACACCUAAAGCAUCAAGCAGAGCGAGCGAGCGAGCACUUGGCCGAACACUAGCACCACCAACCAUCAACCGGCACCAUACAUCUCGCUCCAUGAACGUCCAGGAGAUUCACUUGCCCAACGGCUGGGAGGCGAGGUGGGACGCCCCGUCUGGUCAAUAUGUCUACUACAACACGGCAACGGGCCAGUCGCAGUGGGAGGUCCCAACCCAGCCAGUGCACGGCGGACCAGCUCAGUCGACGUCUCCGCCCCCACAGCACGCUGGCGGCCACUCUAAGAGGCGGCAGUACCCCACGCAGCAGAUGGAGCAGGUGUACGGCACGGGCCAGCAGCCUCAGCAGGGAAGCUACUCUGUCGGCGGAUACCAGCAGCAGCAGCCUCAGCAGCCCCAGCAGCCGGGCUACCCUCAGCAGGACGCGGCGCCCCAGUUCUUCACGCCCGGCGCCGCCGACCAGACGCAGCAGCAGCCAGGCUACCCUCAGCAGGGUGGCUAUGUCCAGCCCCAGCAGCCACAGUACAACCAGCCCGGCGUCGACCAGGUCGCGGGCCAGUUCCAGAACCUGAAUGUCGGCGGUCAGCCCCAGCAGCCCGCAGGCUACGGCGGACAGCAGUACGCUCCGCCGCAGCAGACGUUCGCCGAGCCCAAGCAGCUGCACCCCGUGCACACUGUCAACCUGAUCGGCCUGCAGCCCGACGUGCGCGCGCUCGACGCCGCUCCCCCGCCCGCGCUUCUCCCCUCGAACGCGUCCGUCACAAACUCGCCCCACAUUCUCCCCGACCCGUCGUACCAACGUUGCACGCUCUCGUCGAUGCCCGCGACCCAGAGCCUGCUCAACAAGUCCAAGCUCCCGCUCGCGCUCGUCAUGGCGCCUUACCGCUCGUUCAGAGAGUCGGACGGCGACGACCCGGUGCCUGUGGUUUCCGACUCGGUCAUCGCCCGUUGCCGUCGCUGCCGAGUAUACAUCAACCCCUUUGUCACCUUCACCGAGGGCGGCAACCGCUGGAAGUGCUGCAUGUGUGGUCUGAGCAACGAGGUGCCCCAGCUCUUUGACUGGGACUCUGCCGAGAACAAGCCUGCCGACCGCUGGGCCCGCAAGGAGCUCAACCACUCGGUCGUCGAGUUCAUCGCCCCGACCGAAUACAUGGUUCGCCCUCCCCAGCCUCCAGUUUACUGCUUCGUGAUCGACGUCAGCCAGCCUGCGAUCCAAUCGGGCAUGGUGGCGACCGCGGCGCGUUCGAUCCUCGAGUCGCUCGACAACAUCCCCAACGAGGACAGGCGGACCAAGAUUGCCUUCAUUGCCGUGUCGACCAGCCUGCACUUCUUCUCCCUCCCCGGUGGUCCCGACCAGGAGGCCUCGAUGCUGGUUGUGUCGGAUCUCACUGAUGUGUUCCUGCCCCAGCCUGUCGACCUCCUUGUCAACCUCACCGAGUCGCGCCCUGCCAUCGAGAACCUGCUCGGCAAGCUCAGCGAGAUGUUCCAGGACCAGCACGUCGUCGGCAACGCCUUCGGCUCGGGUCUCCAGGCCGCCCACGAGCUGAUCGGCAAGAUUGGCGGCAAGAUUGUCGCGCUCUCCGCCUCGCUCCCGACUCUCGGCACUGGUGCUCUCAAGCCCCGUGACGACCCCAAGCUCCUCGGCACGUCCAAGGAGAGCUCGCUCCUCGUCGCCGCCAACAGCUUCUACAAGACUUUUGCUAUCGAGUGCUCAAAGUCGCAGGUGUCGGUCGACAUGUUCCUGUUCUCCUCGUCGUACACCGACGUCGCCACCCUGUCUUGCCUGCCCCGCUACACUGCCGGCCAGACGUACCUGUACCCCGGCUUCAACGCAUCGCGCUCAGAGGACACGAUCAAGUUUGCCACCGAGUUUGGCAAGUCGCUUGCCGCGCCCAUCGGUCUCGAGGCCGUCAUCCGUGUGCGUGCGUCGCGCGGUAUCCGCAUGUCGGCAUUCCACGGCAACUUCUUCAUCCGCUCCACGGACCUCCUCGCUCUUCCCGUGCUUCCUCUUGACCAGAACUACGUUAUUGAGCUGCAAUUGGAAGAGGACCUGAAGCAGCCAUUCGUCGUGCUCCAGACCGCCAUCUUGCAUACCACGUGCUACGGCGAGCGCCGUAUCCGAGUUAUCACCCAGGCCAUGCCUACGACCGACUCGAUCGCGCAGCUGUACGCGUCCGCCGACCAGGUCGCCAUUGCGUCGUGGCUCGCCAACAAGGCGGUCGAGAAGACGCUAUCUGGCGGCUCCCUCGACGAUGCCCGCAACCUUGUCACCAACAAGGUCAGCGACCAGCUGUCUGUGUACAAGAACCAGAUUGCUGGCUCUGCCGGUGCCUCGGCCCAGCUCGCUGUCCCCGCCAACCUCGCCCUGCUGCCUCUACUGGCUUGCGCGCUCGUCAAGCACGUGGGCCUGCGCGAGGGCUCGACGAUCCCUCCCGACCUCCGCGCGUACGCGCAGGACCUGCUCACGACGCUGCCAACACAGUCGCUCAUCCCCUACAUCCACGCGCGCUUCUACUCGCUGCACAACAUGCCAGCCGAGGCCGGCACGAUCGGCGAGCACGGUGUCAUCCUGCCUUCACCACUCAACCUGACGUCGGAGCGACUCGAGCGCCACGGUCUGUUCCUCAUCGAGGACGGCCAGAACAUGUUCCUCUGGGUCGGGCAGGAGGCUGUGCCCAAGCUCAUCCAGGACGUGUUCGACUUGGAUUCGUACGCGGACCUGCAGGGCGGCAAGUACACGCUGCCCGUGCUGGACAACAGCUUCAACACGCGUGUCAACGCUAUUAUCGCCAAGACGCGCGAGCUCCGUCGCGGCGUGUACCGCCCGCACUUGUAUGUUGUCAAGUCGGACGCCGAGCCUGCACUGCGCUCGUGGGCUCUGAGCCUGCUCAUUGAGGACCGCAUGGACCACAUGAGCAGCUAUGCUCAGUACCUUACUAGGAUUAAGAACAAGGUGAGCAGCUAA